AUGUCGAUGUUGUUCCCAUCGUUUCAGUUGUUAGAACUGAACAUAAUUUCAUCUCAAGACUUGGCUCCUGUCUCCCGAAAGAUGAAGACUUAUGCGGUGGCUUGGGUUCAUCCUGAGCGUAAACUCACCACACGUGUUGACUACAACGGCGGAGCAAACCCAACUUGGAACGAUAAAUUUGUAUUCCGAGUCAACGAAGAGUUUCUUUAUGCUGAUACUUCCGCCGUCGUCAUUGAAAUAUAUGCAUUGCAUUGGUUCAGAGAUGUCCAUGUAGGCACAGUUCGUGUCCUCAUAAGCAAUCUCAUUCCUCCUAAUCGUCGACCAGGAUACCGAACUCACAACAAUGAGUAUCGUCGCACGCCACUUCCGGAAAUGAGAUUUGUGGCUCUUCAGGUUCGUCGUACCUCAGGACGGCCUCAAGGGAUAUUAAAUAUCGGUGUUGGAUUGCUUGAUGGUUCUAUGAGAAGUAUGCCGCUUUAUACACAUAUGGAUUCGUCUGCUGUGGGAUAUAGAGAUUUGCUAGGAGAAGAGGAUCGUCAUUUACAGCAUUUGCAUCUAAACAGCAACAAAGGAAGCUCAAAGAAUCCACAAUCUCCAUCUUCGAGACAGUUCCAGUCUGUAGUCUCAAGGCCAGAGCUCCGUCGUACGAGGAGCGAUUCCAGCUCUAUGGUGGUUUCUGAUCUUCUGAGCAGAGCUGAACGGAGCCGUUUGGCUAACAGACAACCGACAAGUGCAGUGGGAAGCAUCGAAUCUGAAUCUGUACCAACUACAACAGAUUCUGAUGCGAUAGAGAGAGAUGAUCACACGCCUCCUAACAAAACCCCUAAAGUUAUGAGGCAAAGAUACGAUUCAAUCGAAUCGGAUCUCAUAGAUCCGCUGCCAAAAGUGAGACCAAAUGUAGCAGUGCACAAAAAGGAGAGUCACGGUAUUCCACCAUAUAAUUCGUACCAUCAAUCACACAAAACACCAAGAAGGACGACGAUGAACGAGAAACAGAAACCGGUGAAAGAUUAUAACCAAGGCCGAGCUUCCCCGUACUUAUCAAGGCAUGGAACGCCAUUGAGAUCUAACAUUGUUGCAUCUACACCGAUGCAAUCUAACGGGAUUAGAUCGACUCCGAUGAGAUCCAACAUCAUCGCAAUGUCACCAAUACGUCCCAACAUGGUUGAAUUGACUCCCAUGCAGACUCCAUUGCGGUCCAACAUGUUUGGAUCCACUCCGAUGAGGUCCAACAUCGUUGGAUCCACUCCAAUGCGAUCGAACUACAUGGGUACACCGAUGAAAACCCAUCACGAUUAUGGUACACCGAUGAAGUCAAAUUUAGUCGGAAAACAAAUCUUAACUGAAUCAGAGUUAGGUCCGUCGCCAUCAGAAGUGGCUGACAAAAUAGUGAAAUAUGGAUCUCAGGCUAAUGAAACAGAAAGCUCGAUACUCAGCGAGUGGAGCAUCGACGAAUCUAGCAUGGAAGGAUUGCGGUCAAAGCUCGAUAGAUGGCGGACGGAACUACCACCGUUAUAUGAUAUAGGAUCGAGCCAAGUAAGUAAUAGUGAAUUCGAUGGAUCGGUUGUUCCCGCUGCAGCUACAGGAGGUAGAAGUUCAAGACGAAAAACUCCAGCAACGAAGAAGCAUAACCGCCGUCAUACAGAUGGAGGAAACGGUCUUUUCUCGUGUUUCAGUAAAAUAUGUGGUGUGGAAUGCAGUUUCGUAUGUGGUGGUGGUAAUGGUUCGAUAAGUCCAAACAACUCGAAUAAAAAAGAUGGGACCGGGCACAUCAAACGCACAUAUUCUGCCGAUGAUUUAAACUUUGUGUGA